UCCAUCCACGCCAACAUGCACACGAUAGAUAAUAACUACACCACAACUCCUGAGCCUCCAAGGUGCACAGGGAGAAUAGAUCCACGUGAACUGCGCUUCUCUCGUGCAAUGAUCUUUGCCAUUGAGGAAAUAAAUAACAGCACAGAGCUGCUGCCAGGUGUCAAACUGGGAUAUCAGAUCCAUGACUCUUGUGCCUCUGUGCCUGUCACAAUACAUGUGGCAUUUCAGCUGUCAAAUGGACAUGACUCUGUUUUUUACAAAGGCAGUGAUUGUUCUAAAUCUGGUGCAGUGAUGGCUGUAAUUGGUGAAUCUGGAUCCACUCCAUCUAUCAGCAUGUCUCGUGUUAUCGGGCCCUUUAACAUUCCACAGGUGAGCCACUAUGCCACCUGUGCCUGUCUGUCAAAUAGAAAGCAGUAUCCAACUUUUUUCAGAACAAUUCCCAGUGAUCAGUACCAAGCUGACGCUAUGGCCAAGCUGGUGAAACAUUUUGGUUGGACUUGGAUAGGUGCCGUAAGGUCGGAUUCAGAUUAUGGAAAUAACGGCAUGGCAACUUUUCUUGAUGCAGCGCUCAGAGAGGGGAUCUGUGUGGAGUACUCCGAAUCCUUCUAUCGGACCAACCCACCCAGUAAAAUCCAAAGAGUUGCUGAUGUUAUCCGGAGGUCAACAUCAAAAGUAGUUGUGGCAUUCGCAGCGCCCGGGGACAUGAAGUUCCUUUUAGAGGAGCUGGCUGAAGACCCUCCUCCACCUCAUCAGUGGAUUGGAAGUGAGGCCUGGGUAACUGAUCCACACUUAAUGGAAUUCAGUUUUUGUUCAGGGGCUAUUGGAGUUGCCAUUCAACAAUCUGUCAUUCCUGGCCUGAGAGACUUCCUUCUGAAUCUUUCUCCUUCGCAAGUUGCUGCCUCCUCAGUGCUGACUGAGUACUGGGAGGAUGCUUUCAACUGCAAGCUGAAAAGUUAUGAUCUAGAUAAGAGGUCCUGUGAUGGAACUGAGGACAUUAGAACACUCUCGAGCCCGUACACCGAAACAUCUCAGUUAAGAAUUACUAAUAUGGCAUACAAGGCUGUUUAUGCAGUAGCACAUGCCAUUCAUGAUUCAGUUUGCCAGGAAACCAAUGAAACAAUACAGUGUGACAAACACAUCAAAUUGGAAUCAAGCCAGGUUUUGUCAGGGCUGAAGAAAGUAAAUUUUUCCAGAAAUGGUUACCAUGUGUCAUUUGACACUAAUGGUGAUCCUGUUGCUUUUUAUGAACUGGUCAACUGGCAGAAAAGUGACGGGGGAGUUACUGAAUUGGUUACAGUGGGAUACUAUGAUGCAUCACUGCCAAUGGGCCGACAGUUCCUUAUCAACCGGAACUUAACCUGGUUGGACGGCAGCACUGAGGUACCAGUUUCAUCUUGCUCUGAGAGUUGUCCUCCAGGAACUCGUAAAGUGUUACAGAAAGGGAAGUCCAUCUGCUGCUAUGAUUGUAUAUCUUGUCCUGAAGGAGAGAUUAGCAAUAUGACAGAUUCCCCUGACUGCUUCCCAUGUCCCAGUGAGUUCUGGCCAAACGCAAAGAGAGAUGCAUGUUUCCCCAAACCUGUGGAGUUUCUUUCUUUUGAGGAAAUCCUGUCAAUUAUCCUGGCUGUAUUCUCCAUCAGUGGGGCCUGUCUGGCCAUCAUAACAGCAGCAGUUUUUUAUCAUCACAGGACAACCCCAAUUGUCAGAGCCAACAACUCUGAGCUGAGCUUCCUGCUGCUCUUCUCUCUGACUCUGUGCUUCUUGUGUUCAUUAACAUUUAUUGGAGCACCGUCUGAGUGGUCCUGCAUGCUACGACACACAACGUUUGGCAUCACCUUUGUCCUUUGUAUCUCCUGUGUUCUUGGUAAAACUAUUGUGGUUUUAAUGGCCUUUAAAGCUACACUACCAGGAAACAAUGUCAUAAAAUGGUUUGGUCCUCCACAGCAAAGAAUGACUGUAGUGUCAUUUACAUUUAUUCAGGUUAUAAUUUGUAUUAUUUGGUUGCUAGUGAGUCCUCCUUUCCCAGUUAAAAAUCUAAGCACCUACAAGGAGAAGAUUAUCCUGGAAUGUGCAUUAGGCUCUGCUGUUGGCUUCUGGGCUGUGCUGGGAUACAUCGGCCUCCUGGCUUUUUUUUGCUUUGUGUUAGCUGUUCUAGCUCGGAAACUACCUGAUAAUUUUAAUGAAGCCAAGAUGAUAACCUUCAGCAUGUUGAUAUUCUGUGCAGUCUGGAUCACCUUUAUUCCAGCAUAUAUCAGCUCUCCUGGAAAAUUUACUGUGGCUGUGGAGAUAUUUGCCAUUCUGGCUUCCAGCUUUGGACUGAUACUGUGUAUAUUUGCUCCAAAGUUUUUCAUUAUUUUGUUUCAGCCGGAGAAGAACACCAAAAAAUUUUUAAUGACCAAAAGCUAA